AUGCCUCCAUGGACUUGCAACUCUGAUGCUGAGAGCAGUGACCUGUCUGAUGGACCAAAUGAAUCAAGGGCCCCCACUGCACCACAGAAGCAGAUGCUGAUCAGUGCAGAGACCCCUUCACCAUAUGACUCCAAUGAUGAUGAUAACAUCAGAGACAAGACAUGCUACAACAUUGACACCAUCUCAAACCUAAACCCAGAAAUGCUCAAAGGCAUGCUCAUUGAGCUCACCAAAUGCAACAAAGCAAAAGACUCUGACAUAUACAAGAAACCAUCCUGCUGCUCCAAUUUCCAUCAAAGGCUCUUACACACCCAUGAUGCACUCAAGGAGGCACCCAAGCUAAUGACCAAGAAUUGGUAUGCUUGGAAUCCUCAUUUCAGAGGGAUCCUGUCUAACUGGCCAGUGGCUAUGAAGCACCUCGAUGGUGUCAUGGCCCCUGGGGACAAAAGCCUUUACUGCAGGCUGAAGAAGGAUCUCACCAAGAUGGAGAAGAUUGCCAAAUUGACCUUGCUCAACAAAGUUGGGAAGAUUCACAUGUUCCAGGCUGAUGUCCAAAAGCUCAUCACUGAUAUCAAUGAGCACUGGGCUAAGGCCAAGUCCAUGGGCCAUGCUCUUCCUGAAAUACUCAAAGUGAAAGCCCUCAUCGACCAAGCUAGAUACAUCACCCAAUAUCAUCACUGCAUCAUCACACUUGAAGAUACUGGGAUGGCAUCCAGUUAUGAGGUGCUUUGUGCUGCAUUGUGCAAGCAACAAGAUAGCAUGACUGUCUGGAUGGACCACAGGGUCAGCAACCCCAGGACAGCCCAGGCAAACUUAGCUGAAGGACAAGUUAAGAAUGAGGAAGCUUACCACCAUGGUAAACCCAGACCUGACAGAGUCUGA